AUGUCACUGGCAGAAAAUCCCAGCUCUGACCGCCAAACCACUAAACAAGCCUGUUUAGUUUCCGGUAAAGAGAAUACUAACACUCGACCAAAACUGGCCUUUUCCAUCGAAAACCUCAUCGAAACUAAUUCAGGAAAUGAACAUUCAAAGGAUGCUGAGAUAACUUCUGGUAUUACUGAUGACAGAGAAACCUCCAGGUCUGAUGUUUCCGACACUGAAUCUUCAGAGCAGGAAACUUCCAUUCCGAGCUUGAAACAAUAUUCUCCUGUGCAUAGUCCACCUCAACAAUCUGGAACUUUCACAAACUGGCUAGUAGGGCGGGACGUUUUAAAGAAACAAUCUACUCCAAAUAUGAUGCGAGAAAAUAGGGAUUAUCUGAUGGCAGGAUAUCAGUCCUGCCUACAUCCAGCGUUUUUCAUCGGACGGAUGUCUUUGGAAGAAUAUCAAAAUUACUUGUUACGGAAUUAUUCGAUGUUUCAACAACAAUUUCCGUCAUACUCUUCCAAAGGGAGAGAUCCGUCUAUUGAAUAUCUCAAAUCAUUAAGCAUCCAGAAAUUUCACGAAUCAGGAAAAUUCGGAACUCGAGAAAACAACAACGGUUUUGGAAGCAGGAGGGAGGAAAAACUGAAUGAAAAGAAGGAACCUAGUCCCGUCAACAUAAAUACGAAAUUCGAGGAUGCACCAGUGCAAAAUGUCGCUGAAAACAACGGAAAGCCCCUGGGUGAGAAAAGAAUACACGAAAACAACAACGAAAGUGACCCAGUCUCAUCGAAAAUGAAAAAAAUAGCGAACAAAUCGCAGAAAACUUUUACAUGUCAAGAAUGUGGUAAGGUUUUCAAUGCUCAUUACAAUCUUACCCGUCACAUGCCGGUUCAUACAGGAGCUCGCCCUUUUAUUUGUAAGAUUUGUGGUAAGGGAUUCCGCCAAGCGAGCACGUUGUGUAGACACAAAAUCAUUCACACCUCUGAAAAACCACACAAAUGUACCACGUGUGGGAAGGCGUUUAAUCGAAGUUCGACUCUCAACACACACAUGAGGAUACACAUGAACUACAAACCUUAUAUAUGUGAGUACUGCGGAAAGGGUUUUCAUCAGAAAGGAAACUAUAAGAACCAUAAACUUACACAUAGUGCCGAAAAACAAUAUAAAUGCACAAUCUGUAACAAGGCAUUCCAUCAAAUCUACAAUCUAACCUUCCAUAUGCACACGCAUAACGAGAAGAAACCUUUCACGUGUCGUAUAUGUGGAAAAGGCUUUUGUCGAAACUUUGACCUGAAGAAACAUACCCGAAAACUGCACGAGGGUAACCCGUUGCCCUCCGCUACGACCCCGCCUUUAGGACAGAUGGAGCAGAGUUCCACAGGGAUGUGUGGAACGGCUAGUUCCUAUGCCCACAAUCGGUUAGGAUCCACCCAAGGUGCCUUUAUCAAUGCACGACCCUCUCCGUUUUCUCCCCAGGCCUCUUUGACUUGUCAACGCAAUCUUUUGUCUCAGUACAUGUUGAGUCCAACAUCAGCAAGUUUUCUACAUAAAUACUCAAACUUCCUAUGA